AUGACAACCGGUUACGUGAUCGGUCUUAAUCAUGCUUACAAUUACUUUGAACGGGCUUCUAUCCCAUCUGGGUUUGAUCAGCUUCCAAGCUUUACCCAUCUCAAUCUCUCCAAUACGUGUUUCUCCGGUCAGAUACCCUGGGAAUUCUCACGCCUAACAAGGUUAGUUUCUCUUGAUCUCUCCACCACCAUCAACUACUACGACUUCAACCGUUGUAAUGGUCAUCUAAAACUGGAAAGACCAAACCUUAAGGAGUUGAUCCAGAAUCUAACAUCUCUCAUGGAACUAUACCUUGAUGGUGUAGACCUCUCUACACAGGGAAGUGAUCAUUGGUCUCAGGUCUUGUCGCAGUCACUUCCCAACUUCCGUGCAUUGAGUUUGUCUAGAUGCUGUCUUCCAGGUUCCAUUCACUCUUCUUUCUCGCAACUUGCCUUCCUCUCCCAUCUCCAACUUGAUGAAAACAAUCUUUCGGGGUGA